CUUGUAUGAUCCUGUUUAUUCUUAACUUGUCAAUUUCAAGUUAUUAAUCUACCUCUACUCAGUUUUCAGUUUGCAUAACUCGUUUGGUUUCAUAAAAAGCUGAAACUUUCUUAUAUAUUCUAUAUGUAUAUGCCUAAGUAAAUCAUUCUUGAAAGAUAAUUAUUAUUGCUCUUUGGGACAAACUUACUGAAAGUCCUAUGUACACAUUUUAUCUGUAGGUGGAUAAUGUUUUGCCCCCUUGUUUUUUUUGCUUUUUUAUUGAAAAUCAUAAAACGCUGAACUAAAACAUAUAUUCAAUUUUAUACUGUAAAGACCAGAUUUAUGAUUUUAUAUACUCUUUUCAGAGAGUGAGACUGCUUUGAAAGAAAAAGGCCCAACAGGAAUUUUAUCAGAGUUUGAUACAAUAUUCAGCAUUCUAAGUCGUUUCAAUGAACUGUCAGCAGAUGUGAAAGAGAAUGCAUGGUCUGUUACCAUCAAAGCUUUCAGUCAACACGUGAAUGAGCUUGGUAUUAUAAUUGACCCAGAAGGAAUGGAUUAUCAAAUCCAAAACAUGCAUCUAAACACAACCAAGAUGUUGUCGUACCUACUUACACAGUUGAUGGAAGCAUUUGAAGGGGAAGCUACCACGCCAAGCAUACACACAGAUGAAACCCGAAAGGGAAGAGGAAAAUCAGCGAAGAAGAAAGUGCAAAGUGACGGAUGGUCAUGGGAGAAUGAGAGAGAGUUUGGCUUACGCGUGAUUGGACAGCUUCUUGAGCUGGAUGUGCACAGGCUGUGGGAUCCCCCAGUUAUCGAAGAGGAUUACGUGAACCUUUUUACUUCUGUUUGUUACAAGUUCUUGGAAAAUGUUUCUGUUGUGAAAUUGAAGGAAACAAAGGAAAUGAUAUUUCACAUCUUGGGAAUACUAAUAAAGAAAUACGACCAUGGCCUAAGUGCAAGCUUGAAAAUUAUUCAGCUUCUGCAGCAUUUUACCCAUCUUGUCACACCGCUGGCCCAAGCCGUCGAAACAUUCGUUGUCGAGUUUGGAGCCAAAAGAAUCGUUGCAGAUAUCAUAAGAGAAAUAGGCCGAAUGGAUUCAACAGACCUGUCUCGUGACGUCAGUGGCACAAGAUCAUUCUCCCAGUUUGUUGUUGAGCUGGCUGACAGACAAGCGUCUUUGGUUUUGCCAAACAUCAGUCUUUUGCUUAGCCAUCUCGAUGGUGAUUCUUAUUCAAUGAGAAAUGGUGUUCUUGGUGUGAUUGGGGAGAUUGUUGUCAAAGUUCUCAGCAAGGAAGGCCUAGAUGCCAAUUUGAAGAACACGCGCGAAAAGUUUUUGGAUCGACUUGAGGAGCAUUUGCAUGAUGUACACGCCUUUGUAAGAAGCAAAGUAUUGCAGAUUUGGCACACACUUUGCACAGAAAGGGCGAUUCCUCUGAGUCGAUUGGGUCGUUUGAUGGACCUGGUGAUUGGGAGACUGCAUGAUAAGUCUAGUCAAGUGAGGAAGUACGCUGUACAGCUUUUGAAGGCAGUUCUUUGUGGUAAUCCAUUUUCUGCCAAACUAUCAUCAGAGGAGCUGCAAAGCAAAUUAGAUAAAGAGAGAGAAAAACUCAAAACACUCAUUGAUGAAGUUUCUCCAGAACAAGACAAAUGGGCCAAAGUUGCACCGAACAUCUUGGAAGCUCUGAACGAAAGUGUUUCUGUUGAUGAAAUUUCGGACUUUGAUCUUGACGAGGAUACAAGUAUAGAGGAAGCGAUUGAAAAUAUACUGACAACAUUUUACAAGAAAAUUGAAGAUGGCAAAGGCAGGGAAGCAGUUGCUAUUUAUAAAUUGGCAGAAACGAAAUUCCCGGAACAUUUUUGCGCCGACGAUACGAACGAAAAUGCAGAAAAUCAUAACGCUGAAAGUUCCGAAAAUGAUGAAAGUGCAAACAAAAAGAAAUUAGAAAUAGAAAAGAAGAUCAAACUGUUUGAAGCCAUUUACAGAAAAUUCGACGAAGUCAAACAGCUUGAAGAAGAUGCAGAAGGUACUAAUGACGAAUCAGAUAAUGAGUCAUCCGAAUUGAAGAAACAGCGCCUGCUUGUCAAGUACCUUGAGGAUUCUCUGAGAUUCGCAACACAAAUGCAAAAAGCGAUCAAGAUCCUGUGCCAACUGCUCGGAUCGAAAUUUAACUCAGACAUUUUAGAAACUGUUGACUUCUUUGUGUCUGCAAAUGAAUUUGGCCUCACGGACGUUAAAGCAGGAACAAGAAAGAUGCUGGCCCUUAUUUGGUCACGUGAUAGUGCUGUGAGAGAGGCUGUUAUCAAUGCUUACCGCAAAUUGUAUAUCGAGUCUCGAAAUGAUGCCCAUAGCAAGAGCACGGCUUUGUCAAUUGUACAAAAUAUAGCAGCCCUUACCUAUGACGCAACGCUGGGGGAACUAACGUCCUUAGAAGAAUUGCUGAAAGAAUUAUACAAAAUGGAGCUGAUACCUCAAAGUGUUUUGCAGUUGCUGUGGCAAAGAUUCUCUUUAAAGAUUCCACAAACGACACCAAUGGAAAGUCGCUCAUCCGUACUUCUUCUCGGAAUGUUUGCCGGGGCAGAGAAGUCGAUUGUGAGCAGCAACAUCGAUAUUCUAGUGAGCAAUGGACUCGGACCUCGUGCGCACGAAGACUUUCCACUUGCUUUCAACACGUGCACUGCAUUACUGAAACUUACAGUAAAAGACAAGAAAAUCAACAAUGCUGAUAAAGAGCCGUUUAGAUUUCCACAAGACCAUGAAAUUUUCGAAAAGCUGGAACUUAUCCUAGUGAAAGGUCUUCAAAGGACAGAUGUAUCCUCUUGGAGUAGCCUCGCACUUCAGGCUGUUAAUGUCAUAUACCAGUUGGCUGAGCAUCCUGACAUAAUAUGUGCAAAGCUGAUCAAAAACCUCAUCAGAGCAUUAGUCGUGGAACACCAGGUUUCCAAGCCAUCAAAUGAAGCUGAUGACGAGUCCUCCACCCCCCAAGAAAACGGCUCUCCCGAAGCUGACUCCUUGAGCACACCAGAAACUGGCACCUGUCAACCCAAGGUCCUCGCAAGGGUUCUCACAGUCAUCGGUCAGGUUGCCUUCCAGCAGCUUGGGCACAUGGAUGUGAACAUUUUGAGUGAGUUGAAAAGGAGGCAUCGGAUAGAGGAGCAGGAAAAGGAAAUGAAACAAGCUGAGAAAGGGAAAAGGAGGAGGAAUCGUAGUUCAGUCAAUGAAACUGUGAAGGAAACAACGGCUACCGAAGAAGGCCUCGAAGAUGAGCUGGGAGUUGGUGGAGCUGCGGCAGAAGAUGCGGAAACUGAAUUUAUUCGUAAUGUCUGUGAAAAAGAUAUUGUCACAGGAACAAAUCUGUUGGCAGUUUUUGGCUCAUUGCUGAUUUCCGUAUGCAGUAAUCCUGUCAAAUUUGCUGACGAAGAAUUGCGCACUUCUGCUUGCUUAGCCUUAUCUAAGUUCAUGAUUGUAAGCUCUGAAUUUUGUGAGCCUAACCUGCAACUUCUAUUUACAAUUCUCGAAAAGUCCAAGGAACCAAUAAUAAGAGCAAAUACGAUAAUUGCACUUGGUGAUUUGACAUUCAGGUUUCCCAACCUCAUUGAGCCAUGGACUGCACAUCUUUAUGGGAGGUUGGCUGAUGAAUCAGUCAAAGUCAGACAAACAACAGUUACUGUUUUGACACAUCUUAUACUGAAUGAUAUGGUCAAAGUCAAAGGACAGAUUUCAGAAAUGGCGUUUCGUCUUGAAGAUGAGGAAAAGAGAAUUGCUGAUUUAGCAAAGUUGUUUUUCACAGAAUUUUCUCAAAAGGGAAAUGCCCUAUACAAUGUAUUGCCAGAUAUAAUCAGCAGACUCUCAGAUCCAGACAGUAACACUGAUGAGAAAAAGUUCCAGAGAAUAAUGGAAUAUUUGUUGCAGUUUAUACAGAAAGACAAGCAGUCAGAGGCUCUUAUUGAAAAACUUUGUCAUCGUUUUAGAGUGACAAGCACCACAAGGCAAAGACGAGAUCUUGCAUUUUGUGUUGCUCAGUUGCCCUUCAACGAAAAGUGUUUCAAAAAGCUACAAGAGAACUUUUCUUGUUUCCAAGAAGCCCUUAGUGAUCAACAAGUAUUUGAAUAUUUUGCAAGUAUAAUUUCCAAGUCAAAGAAAUUUAUCAAGCAGGACUUCAAGGUGACACUUGAAGAAUUUGAACAAAAAGUGAUCAACUAUCACAAUAAAGCAGUUGAUGAUGAAGCUGGAUUUGAACGUGCAGCCAAAGCCUCUCAUAAAGCAGAACUGAGAAAGAACAAACAGAAAAAUAAACCAGGUGAUAACAAAAGAAAAGGAAAACAAGUUGACGAUUUUGAUGAUGAUCAGGAAAAAGAGAAUUUUAAUUUCAAAACACCUAAGAAAACAAGAACAAAAGCUGGACUUAAAAGUACUGGUAGAACAAAGAAGUCUAGAAAACCAAUCAGGUUUUCUGAUGAUGAUGAUGAUGAUGAUGCUGACCUUUUUGAGGCAGUAUAAUAGUGCAGUUCUGUACAGACAGAAGGGUUUUUGCUCUGCUUCAAAAGUUCUCAGUUUUUGUAAAGGAUUUUUUUUACUAUUUUAAAAUUGAUGGAUCAUUUUGAUUUUACAUGUUUUAUAGAUGUAUAUUUGUUUGAAAUAAAUAACUUACUUUAUCUUUGUACUAAGAUUUCUUCAAUAAUGGUUUACAAAA